AUGUCCAGAGGGCUUCCUUGGGGAAUAUUGUCAGCAUCGAAACCCCUGUGAGAAGAACCGCUGCCAGAAUGGUGGCACCUGCGUGGCCCAGGCCAUGUUGGGGAAAGCUACCUGCCGAUGUGCUCCAGGGUUCACGGGCGAGGACUGCCAGUACUCCACCUCUCACCCCUGCUUUGUGUCUCGCCCCUGCUUGAAUGGAGGCACCUGCCACAUGCUCAGCCGGGAUACCUAUGAGUGCACCUGCCAAGUUGGUUUUACAGGAAAGCUGUGCCAGUGGACUGAUGCCUGCCUGUCUCAUCCAUGUGCAAAUGGAAGUACCUGUACCACUGUAGCCAACCAGUUCUCCUGCAAAUGUCUCACAGGCUUCACAGGGCAGAAGUGUGAAACUGAUGUCAACGAGUGUGACAUACCAGGACGGUGCCAGCAUGGUGGCACCUGCCUCAACCUACCUGGUUCCUACCAGUGUCAGUGCCCCCAAGGCUUCACAGGCCAACAUUGUGACAGCCCCUAUGUGCCCUGUGCACCCUCCCCCUGUGUCAAUGGAGGCACCUGCCGGCAGACUGGUGACUUCACUUUUGAGUGCAACUGCCUUCCAGGUUUUGAAGGCAGCACCUGUGAACGGAAUAUUGAUGACUGUCCUAACCACAAGUGUCAGAAUGGAGGGGUUUGUGUGGAUGGGGUCAAUACAUACAACUGCCGCUGCCCCCCUCAGUGGACAGGACAGUUCUGCACAGAGGAUGUGGAUGAGUGCCUGCUGCAACCCAAUGCCUGUCAGAAUGGAGGCACCUGCACCAACCGCAAUGGGGGGUAUGGCUGUGUGUGUGUGAAUGGUUGGAGUGGAGAUGACUGUAGCGAAAACAUCGACGAUUGUGCCUUCGCCUCCUGCACUCCAGGCUCCACCUGCAUUGACCGUGUGGCCUCCUUUGCUUGCAUGUGCCCAGAGGGAAAGGCAGGUCUCUUAUGUCAUCUGGAUGAUGCCUGCAUCAGCAAUCCUUGCCACAAGGGGGCGUUGUGUGACACCAACCCCCUGAAUGGGCAGUACAUCUGCACCUGCCCACAGGGCUACAAAGGGGCGGACUGCACAGAAGAUGUGGAUGAGUGUGCCAUGGCCAACAGCAAUCCUUGUGAGCAUGCCGGCAGGUGUGUGAACACAGAUGGCAGCUUCCACUGCGAGUGUCUCAAGGGCUAUGGGGGACCUCGAUGUGAGAUGGACAUCAAUGAGUGUCAUUCAGACCCCUGCCAGAAUGAUGCCACCUGCCUGGAUAAGAUUGGAGGCUUCACUUGCCUGUGCAUGCCAGGCUUCAAAGGUGUGCAUUGUGAACUAGAGAUCAAUGAAUGUCAGAGCAACCCUUGUGUGAACAAUGGGCAGUGUGUGGACAAAGUCAACCGCUUCCAGUGUCUCUGUCCCCCUGGUUUCACGGGGCCGGUAUGCCAGAUUGACAUUGAUGACUGUUCCAGUACUCCGUGUCUGAAUGGGGCCAAGUGUAUUGAUCACCCAAAUGGUUACGAAUGCCAGUGUGCUACUGGUUUCACUGGUGUGUUAUGUGAGGAGAACAUCGACAACUGUGACCCUGAUCCUUGCCACCAUGGCCAGUGCCAGGAUGGGAUUGAUUCCUACACUUGCAUCUGCAACCCCGGGUACAUGGGUGCCAUCUGCAGUGACCAAAUUGAUGAAUGUUAUAGCAGCCCUUGCUUGAAUGAUGGGCGUUGCAUUGACCUAGUGAAUGGCUACCAGUGCAACUGCCAGCCGGGCACAUCAGGGAUUAAUUGUGAAAUCAAUUUUGAUGACUGUGCUAGCAACCCUUGUGUCCAUGGUGCUUGUAUGGAUGGCAUCAAUCGUUACAGUUGUGUCUGCUUGCCAGGAUUCACAGGGCAGAGAUGUAACAUCGACAUUGAUGAGUGUGCCUCCAAUCCUUGUCGCAAGGGUGCAACGUGUAUCAAUGAUGUGAAUGGUUUCCGCUGCAUGUGCCCCGAGGGGCCUCAUCACCCCAGCUGCUACUCUCAGGUGAAUGAGUGCCUGAGCAGUCCCUGCAUCCAUGGCAACUGUACUGGGGGCCUCAGUGGAUAUAAGUGCCUUUGUGAUGCAGGAUGGAUUGGCACCAACUGUGAAGUGGACAAAAAUGAAUGUCUUUCUAACCCAUGCCAAAAUGGAGGAACUUGUGACAAUCUGGUGAAUGGAUAUAAGUGCACUUGCAAGAAGGGCUUUAAAGGCCACAACUGCCAGGUGAAUAUUGAUGAAUGUGCCUCAAAUCCUUGUCUGAACCAGGGGACCUGCUUUGAUGAUGUUAGUGGCUAUACUUGCCACUGUGUGCUGCCCUACACAGGCAAAAAUUGUCAAACUGUGUUGGCUCCCUGUUCCCCAAACCCUUGUGAGAAUGCUGCUGUUUGUAAAGAGGCACCGAAUUUUGAGAGUUACACCUGCUUGUGUGCUCCUGGCUGGCAAGGUCAGAGGUGUACGAUUGACAUUGAUGAGUGUGUCUCCAAGCCCUGCAUGAACCAUGGUCUCUGUCAUAACACCCAGGGCAGCUACAUGUGUGAGUGUCCUCCAGGAUUCAGUGGUAUGGACUGUGAGGAGGACAUCGAUGACUGCCUUGCCAAUCCUUGCCAGAAUGGAGGUUCCUGUGUGGAUGGAGUGAACACUUUCUCCUGCCUCUGCCUUCCUGGAUUUACUGGGGAUAAGUGCCAGACAGACAUGAAUGAGUGUCUGAGUGAACCCUGUAAGAAUGGAGGGACCUGCUCUGACUAUGUCAACAGUUACACCUGCAAGUGCCAGGCAGGAUUCGAUGGAGUCCACUGUGAGAACAACAUUGAUGAAUGCACUGAGAGUUCUUGCUUCAAUGGUGGCACAUGUGUUGAUGGAAUUAACUCCUUCUCCUGCUUGUGCCCUGUGGGCUUCACUGGUCCCUUCUGCCUCCAUGAGAUCAAUGAAUGCAACUCUCAUCCAUGCCUGAAUGAGGGAACGUGUAUUGAUGGUCUGGGUACCUACCGCUGCACCUGCCCCUUGGGCUACACUGGAAAAAACUGUCAGACCCUGGUGAACCUCUGCAGUCAUUCUCCAUGCAAAAACAAAGGUACUUGUGUUCAGGAAAAGGCAGAGUCCCGGUGCCUGUGUCCAUCUGGGUGGACUGGUGCUUACUGUGAUGUGCCCAAUGUCUCCUGUAAAUUGGCAGCCGCCCACAAAGCUGUGCCUGUUGAGCGCUUGUGCCAGCACUCAGGUAUCUGUAUUGACGCUGGCAACACGCAUCACUGCCAGUGCCCGCUGGGCUACACUGGGAGCUACUGUGAGAAGCAGCUUGAUGAGUGUGCAUCCAAUCCCUGCCAGCAUGGCGCCACCUGCAUUGACUUCCUUGGAGGAUACAGAUGUGAGUGUAUUCCAGGAUAUCAGGGUGUCAACUGUGAGUAUGAAGUGGAUGAGUGCCAGAAUCAGCCAUGCCAGAAUGGAGGCACCUGCAUCGACCUUGUGAACCAUUUCAAGUGCUCAUGUCCACCAGGCACUCGGGGUAUGAAAUCAGCCUUACUCAUCUUCCAUACAUGGCCUUUCUCUAAGUUACAGAUCCAUUCUUAGUGAAAAAAAAAAAAA